AAAAUCUGAUUAGAUAAGUUGGAUAUCAUAUAUAGAAAAUAAUAUAAUUAUCUAUAUACUUGAGAAAAAUUAAAUAGAAAAGUGGAAUACGUACGAUAGAAUUUGCUGAUUUUUCGUGAAAAUUUGCUGAAAAAUAAGAAAAAAUGCAAAAAGCAAAAACCCUUACAAUAGCAGUGACUGGAGUAUGCGCCAUUAUCCUUUUUGCCGUACUAAUUACCUCGAUGAGCAAACUGUUUAAAGAACUACCAUUCAAACCAACACUUGCCGACUUAGGCAAUCCAGGCUGUGAAAUUGAUCCUCUGGAUAACAAUGCUCGCCCUAUAGUAACCAUUUCCAGAAGCACUGAAUUCCUUUAUCCUAAAUGGAAUGAAACAGUACUGCGAUUCAACUACAGUGAAGAAGUCGAUUUCGUUUGCCCUGGUAGCGUAUUACUAAAUUCCUCCCAAGAAAUCUUACAGGGAAAAUGUUACAAUGGUACCACUUUUAUCAUCAAUGAUCAGCAUAUAAACUGGAGCGCUUUAAAGUGUGCUUAUAACCGUUCUUUAAUAGGUACCAUUAGAGCUACAAAAAACAAAUGUAACAGUAAUGCUGGAAAAGAGCUUGAAAUUGGUUUUGAACUAACUGAUGGCCGAUUCUUACGCACUAUACUCAUAUGUUUCGAUCCUGAAACUCAACUAGCUUUCUGGACCUACAUCAAACAAAUUGCAUCAAUUAAUAAAAGAUUUCGAGCAUAUUCUACUCCACCUUUAUGGUCCUCCGGUCAAAACAUUUACAACAUAAGUGACGAUAUAAACAGCCUUUAUACCAAUGCAAACCAAAGAAGGACCAUAAACCAACUACUUGAUUUACAAGCAAAUUCAACCAAAUACAUAAAAAAACAAAAAGAAUCAAACCAUUUCUUAUCUCGCGGUCACAUGGCUGCCAGAGCAGAUUUUUUCUACCCCAUACAGCAAAACGCCACAUAUUUCAUGCCGAAUGCCGCCCCCCAAUGGCAAAGUUUGAACAAAUUCAAUUGGAACCAAACGGAAGUGGAUGUCCGGAACUACGCUUCCAACCACGGGGUUGACUUGCAGGUCUGGACGGGGGUCCAUGGAGUCACCACUUUAAUGAACAAUAACACUCAACUGCCCACCAAACUGUAUCUUUAUGUGAAUGCCAGUACCAAAGCCCUACCUGUUCCAGAAAUCUUUUACAAAGUGGUCUAUAAUCCUGAUACGGGAAAAGGUGUGGCACUUAUAGGUGUAAAUAAUCCUUAUAACAGCACGUUCAUUCCGAUUUGUGAAGAUGUGUCCAGCAAGAUCACUUGGCUGCGUUGGAAUAAAGAUGAUCAGAUGAAGGGUUUUUGCUAUGCCUGCACCAUUUCUUCUUUUAGGAACGUCGUUGAGGCUGUUCCAAGUGUUGAUGAUAAAGGGCUGUUAUUGCAGCUACUGGUUUAAGUAUAAUAGUUACAAAAAUAUUUACCAUGUAUAGCGUUAUUAAGUCCUGAACUGAUAUUUGAAAAAUGCAUGGAAGUAAGUUUCUUAAUUAAUAAAUUUAUUAUUCUGUC